AUGCGUCGAGUCCUCGGGCGGCGGGCGGGACUCCUGCUCGGCGCGGUGAUGCUGGCGGCGCUGCUGGCCGCGGGCCGAGGGGUGCCCCUGAGGAAGCCUCGGAGCCUCGGCCCCCGGCCCGGGAGCCACGCGCGGCUGGCGGAGGCCUCCGCUUCCCCAGAUCUCAACUCUCCUGGAGAAGAGGAGAUACCACUGCUCCCUGGAACCCACCUGCAGGCAGGGCCAUGCAAGCACAGGUGCCAGACUCUCCCGGAGCCAACAGCCUGGACCCCAGGCAAGGCCACCUCUCCCAAGACCCUGGAGGACAGUCCCUUGCUAAUGGAGCUGCAGAAACUGCCAGGAAUGGCCAACACAGACCUGGGCACCCGGAACCCCAACAUCCAGGUGACCAUCGAGGUGGUAAAGGACCCCCAGGCUGAGGUGGAGAUGGACUUGAUGGCCGAGCCCAGUCAUCGCUGGCCUCAGGAUGCCCCCAGCCAGAUGCCCACCAAAGAGCUCUUCUGGCCCCUCUUCUGGAGCUACCUGGAAGAUGAGGAAGGGGACCCUGGCCUCAGGGACAGAGCCCCAGGGGAAGAGAAGGAGGUGGGAGAGGAAGAGGAGGAUUACCUUUCCGAGUACAGUGAGGGCGGGGACCAGGAGGAUGCUGAGGAGGAUGAGGUGCCUUGGUCUGGUGGGGCCACAGAUGGCUGGUCCUUCAGGGAGCUCAACAGCUAUGACUACGAGCCUCAGGAGGAGUGGAGCCCCUGGUCUCCCUGCACUGGGAACUGCAGCAGCGGCAGCCAGCAGAGGACUCGGGCCUGUGGCUAUGCCUGCACUGCCACCCAGACCCGUACCUGUGAUUUCCCCCCCUGCCCUGGCGCUGAGAACGAGGACAACUUGGGCUUUCCCAGCGAGGGGCGGCAGCCCCUGGCCCACAAUGCUACGGACUUACUCGGCCCAGAUGUGGACAGCUGUGAGAAGUGGCUGAACUGCAAGAGCGAGUUCCUAGACAAGUAUGUGAGCCAGGUGCUGCGGGACCUGCCCAGCUGCCCAUGUGCAUACCCGUUGGAGGCCGUGGACAGUGCCGUGAGCCUGCAGGACGAGCACCAGGGCCGCAGCUUCCAGUGGAGGGACGCCAGUGGCCCACACGAGCGCCUGGACGUCUACCAGCCCACGGCGCGUUUCUGCCUGCGUUCCCUGCUGUCGGGGGGCAGCAGCACGCUGGCCGCCCAGCACUGCUGCUAUGACGAGGGCAGCCGGCUGCUGACCCGUGGCAAGGGCGCCGGGGCCCCGGACCUUGUCAGCACGGACUUCUCACCUGAGCUGCACUUCAAGGUGGACAAGCUGCCCUGGAUCCUGUGUAAGGGGGACUGGAGCCGUUACCAUGCUGUGCGGCCCCCCAACAAUGGCCGGGCCUGCGCGGACAACCCCCCUGAGGAGGAGUAUCUGGCCCAGUUGCAGGAGGCCAAGGAGUACUGAUGAGGGGCUGCCGGACAGAUGCUGCAGGGGGCAGCUGGUGGCUGCUGAGCUGCAAAAAGUCCCUUUCAGGCCCCUCACCCCACCCCUUCCCAGACCAGGUGAGUGCUAGCGGUCAUCCUGUAAGGCCAGUCUGGUGCCGCAGGCCUUCUGCUUGUGACUCCAAGGCAGGUCAGGGACUUAGGUGUCCGGGGGGUUUGAGCAGAAGGUUGAAGGGAUCUAGGACCCAGGGUGCGGGCAAGGAGCCCAGGCUUCAGGGCACCUGGGAGUGUGAUGGAAAUGCGUGCAUACUAUGUGUCCUGGCCCUCCGUCCCACCUGCUUGCUGGGAGGUACUGUCCCAGCCUGGCUACUGGUUUUUCUCCCUCUCAGAACUUGAGAUGGGUCCGGGAGGGUGCCAUGUGCUCUGGUGCAUGGGCUCCCCACACGGGGGCUAGCCAGAGCAACUCCUCUGAUUCCCAGGACCUGCUGUGAAUCACUCUGACCCCCACCUCGAUGGUCAGCUGAGGAAGGACAUGAAGAAGGACAGUCCUUCUUUUGGCCCCACAGCUGCCCUUUGCCAGGCUGACAUCAACCCCGGGUGCCCACCCCUCUGGGUGCACAUGCCCUGUCACCCCCUGCCAUGAGCACAGGCAGCUGUCCUUAGCGCCCAGCUGCCUUUCUGGUGGACACCACUUUCAUCUGGGGUUGGAGGCCAACAGUGGGGCCUCCAGACAAAUGGCAGAAGCAGCAGAGAAGAGGGUCACCUCAUCCCAGACCUUUUCUUUGUUGAGCUCCUGUGUUCUUCCCAGACGGUGAGAACACACAGGGCUGAGUGCUGGCGCUGCCUCCAGGCACAGAAGCCAGGCUUGGGGUGGGCUCAGAACUUGAGAUGGGUCCGGGAGAGUGCCAUGUGCCUGGAGUGAUUAUGAAUGAGCAAUCUGGCAGGGAAAGAGCCCUGAUUGGUAGCACUUGGGUAAUGUCUGUGGUGUAAACACUCCCACCAAUGGCCCGUUUGAAGUUCCUGACGAUGUCACUGAAUGCACUGAAUUCAGAGUUGGGAGGAGAUGUGCGCAAGGUCUCAGCACACCUCAUGCCUCUUCCCAGUCUCCCCUCCUUCCCCAAACCACACUUCCUUGAGUUCCAACUCUCUCUGUUCACAAGAGGUGGGAGACUUAAGCCUCCACCCCUAGACAGCUGCCCUGAGGCUGGCUUUCUGGGAUUCUCAGCAAUAAAGCACUUUAUUUUCGAA